UCUAUUAUUUAUAACAAAAUAAAAAGUGCUACACCGCUUGCGAAGUGCUCGCGUCCGAGGCAUUUGCAUAAAUCGAGCAACACAACGAAUACGCAACAUAACGUCCAAGAAAACCGAACGGCAGCAGCAGGUCCCAGCAACAGCAACAUAAAAUACACAAAAUAUAAAGAGGAAGCAGCAGAGCAGCAAGGCACACAUUGAAAAGUGUUUUAAUGCUCGCGAACAGCUAGUGGAGCGAUUUAAUGACAUUAAUGAAGUGUAAAGCAGCCAACCCCACACCGAAAAUGCUUUAGACAAGGCGAUUUUCUUGGAUUUUCUCUCUGGCGAGGGAGAGACCAGACCAGACCAGAGUUGCCAGAGGACGAGGAUGACUCCUGCCAUAUAAAAACGCGUACGAUCGUCCGAAAACACGCAAAGAAGGGGGUCUUUGGUUGGCUUGGCGAAUAAGUGGCAGGCAGGGCAGAAAUGUCCACAAAGAUAAUCAAAAUCGCCACCUAGUGCCAGCAGUGCAGUGCAGGAGGAGAGCGAAGCUGUUUUGAAGGAAUUGGAACUGGAGUUGAGUUGGUUCUGGUACUGGACUGGUGCUAUCCACCCGAAAAAGCCGGCGACGCCACUGUCACCGUCACCGCCACCGCCGACGUUUGCCUUGUUUAGCUUUUAAUUCGGUCUCCGUGCCUCUGCUUCUUGUUAUCAUUUUGUUGUUUACGUUUGUCUGUUGAACUCUUGUCCUUCCAAUUGUGCAAUUUGCCAAACAUUAAUUGUUAGUUAACAACACAAUCCCUCGUUGAGCAUACAAAUCAAAAUGAAAGCAUCCUUCUCACAUUCGCCAUCGAAAUCGCGUCCAGCCGUCAAAGCAACAAUAAAAUUACACCCGUCCAAACCCACCUCGUCACCGCCAUUAACAAUUCACGCUCGGAUCGGCACGAUUUCUCCAGGACCAGGAUAUUGUCAGCCAAAUUGAACGGAGACACGAAUCUAUAGUUUGCAGUGCGUUCAGUCCUUCAAUCGAAUUUUUACCACAUCGCAGCUCCAUAAGGUACUGCAUGUACUGCAUCAAUCAACUGUAAUAUAAGGAUCCCCACAAAUAGAAAACUUACAGAAAAUAAGGGUUGAAAACUUCUACAAGUUGGACUACAACACAGCUUCGGCAAUCUUAAAGGACUUGCAGCGUCUUGAUUUCAUAUAUUCUCAAGCGUUGACCAACUCUCUUUGGUUUUUUGUGUCUGUUUCGGCCUUGUCUGAUUGCCUUCCAAAUUCGCAAACGAGCGCAUCUUCCAUGGCCCAGAUAUUUGUAAAAUACGGGCGUUUGUGAUUUUCAUACAGAAAACGUUCGUUAAUCGUAGCUUAGGCGUAAGAAUAGGUAAAUAUUUAGCGAGCGUUGAGGCACCAAACGGAAAGGAAAGGAAAGGAACGGACCAGAGAGGACAGGACCUACACACAUCAUCGCUCUGCGCUCCGCGUUCUUUUGUUGUUCUUUUGGCUGGCGCUUGGCACGACAAUCGACGCCAAUUCAGAGUGUGGCAUGAGUGGCCAUCAUUUGUCGGGCAUCCACCGGAAACAUGAUGAUAAUGAGUGUAGUGGACCACGACCACCUGUACCCGGAGAAGAGAGCCGUGUUAAAAAGAUGACCGAAGGGGUAGCAUUGGAUACACUGAAGAAUUCACCGCCAUCCUACCUGAACUGGGCCCGCACGCUCAACCAUCUGCUCGAGGACCGCGAUGGGGUCGAGCUCUUCAAGAAGUACGUCGAGGAGGAGGCGCCGGCCUACAACGAUCACCUCAACUUCUACUUUGCCUGCGAGGGUCUCAAGCAGCAGACCGAUCCGGAGAAGGUCAAGCAGAUAAUCGGAGCCAUUUACAGGUUCCUGCGCAAGAGUCAGCUGUCCAUUUCUGAUGACCUGCGCACCCAGAUCAAGGCGAUCAAGUCGAACCCAGAGCUCCCGCUCAGCCCGCACAUCUUCGACCCCAUGCAGCAUCAUGUGGAGACGACCAUCCGGGACAACAUCUACCCCACUUUCCUCUGCUCGGAAAUGUACAUCCUGUACAUCCAGCAGAUGUCCGCCCUUCAGGAACGCUUCAGCAGCAGCGGGGCGACGGGAGGAUCAGGCAGCGCCGGCAGCAGUGGCAGCGGCAGUUGCGGCAGCAGCUCCACUGGCGCCAGUGCCUUCCCGUCGGUUGCUGCCAAGCAGCAUGUCACGGCAGCCGGAGCAGCCGCUGCUGCGGCGGCGGCGACGGGGGCCGGGGUCUCGCCUGCUGGUGCCUUCAUCAACCUGCCAGUGAGUAGCGUGAGCGGGCCGCCAGCUGGCACGUGCAGUGCCAGCGGCAGUGUGUACGGUCCCUCGACCUCGGCCAGCUCGAGCGGGUCCAUCAGCGCCACCGACACACUGCCCCGCAGCUCCACGCUGCCCACGCUGCACGAGGACUCGGUGCUGUCCCUGUGCGACGACUUCGAAAAGGUGCAGAUGCAGGAGGGGGCCAGUCGGGUGCCCGUCGACUACCCGAUGCGACUGACGCGGGACCUACUAAUAGCAACACAGAAAAGAAGACUGGAAAUCCGACCUCCUGGAGCCCAUGGUUAUGUGUACACUGCGAGCACCAAUACCUCGUACGUCCCGAACUCGCGGGUUGAUUCGGAGAGGGCGAGCGUUAGCUCCGGCGGCCGCACCGACUCCGACACCAUGUCGCUGUCCAGCUGUUCCAUGGAUGGUCGGCCAUACAUACAACGCAGACACAGUUCGACGGAGAGCAAAGCGAUUCGCCAGAGUGCCAUGGCGAAUAAGGAAACAAACACCUUUCAGGUGAUACCUCGCACACAACGAUUACAUUCAAACGAGCACAGACCGUUGAAGGAGGACGAGCUGGUCGCCUUGCUGAUACCCAAACUGGAGGAAGUGAAGCGGAAGCGGGACUUGGAGGAACGGGCCCGCCUUGAGAGAAAUCCUGGGGCUGCUUUGUUGAGCAACGAAAGAUCUAGCGCCAGUGACCGGGCCUUUGCCGAGGCGAUACGGGAAAAGUUCGCACUGGAUGAAGACAACGACCAAGAUAUUCUGGACCAGCAUGUGUCGCGUGUGUGGAAGGACCAAACGCCGCAUCGCUCACCUGGUACGAUGUCCCCUUGCCCGCCAAUACCGUCGAGAAGACGCACAGCCACCCACGACUCGGGCAUGGUCAGCGAUGGGGCGAUGAGCUUAAGUGGACACUCCAUGAAGCACUCGAAAUCCAUGCCGGAUCACAGUUCCUGCUCGAGGAAGUUGACAAACAAAUGGCCUUCCAUGAACACAGACAGUGGUAUCAGCAUGUUCUCAGCCGAUACUGUUAUGAAGUACAAAGAUCCAAGCUCCCGCUCUGGUUCAAGCACGGCCUCAAAACUGGAGGAAGCGAAACGAAGACUGGAAGACGAGCCGCGGCGUUCUCGUCGAUAUGCCCAACCGCAGCUACAGCUACAGCUACAACAAAGCCACAUGAUGCAACAGCAGCCCCUAGCUUCCUUCAGCAGUAGCAGCAGCGGCGGCAGCAACAGCACCCUGCCCCAUCAGCCAACGUCGGCGCCCCCGCCUCUGCCGGCCAAGCCGCCAGAGACGAUCGUCGUGUUUAUGUUCUGCGAGGAGCCCGUUCCGUACAGAAUAAAAAUACCCGGAACUCAGCCAACCCUGCGUCAAUUUAAGGACUAUCUGCCCAGAAGAGGUCACUUUAGAUUCUUUUUUAAGACGCACUGCGAGGACCCGGACAGUCCAGUGAUUCAGGAAGAGAUUGUUAACGACUCCGACAUACUGCCCCUAUUCGGAGACAAAGCGAUGGGUCUUGUCAAGCCAUCCGAUUAGUGUUUAAGCAUUUAGCGUAGAUUUUGUAUUAAGGCAAACAUCGUGCGGGAGGGAAGAGGAGAAGCGAGGAGAGUGGGUGCUUUGAAGUAUACUUACGCAUCUUAGAGCUAGUAGCUAGGAGCUAGGAAUUUGAGCAAUCAAAAGCUAUAUACAUUCAAUGGGCUUUUGCAAGCAUCACAAACUACGAGUACUCUUCUAUGGCGGAGUAAUGUAUUUUUCUGUAUCUCUAUUUCCCCAAUUUUUGAAUCAACCAACAAACGCAUCAUCCACACCCACAAUUAGAGCAUAAAGUUUACUCUUCUACCCCCCAGCAGUCCUAGACAUCCCGGCCAGUAUCGAGUAGCCAGUACGCCAGUAGCAGCAGCAGUGCUUGAGUGGACUCUGAAACGGGGCAGUAGGAUAUUAUUGGGACGAAGGAGGGGACCAGAAAGAGAGAAGCAAAAUUUAUAUACAUACAUAUGUAGGAAGAAGGAGUUUUAUGUGUUUGUCCUGAAUUCGGAUUUGUUUGUUACCUUUAUACUAACUACGGACUGCCUGCAAUAAAUUUUGUUAAUAUUUUUGUAAUGUGCAUUUUAUGAUAUGAUGAUAUUAACAAGGUUCUAUUCAACUCGACGAAAAAUCAAAAGAUAAUCUGUUUUAUUUUUGUAUAAUCUAUAACACAGCAUACGAUAC